UGCGCGUGUGAAGAAGACAGGAUAUCCUACUGAAAGUCAAGGGAAGCGCGUAGACCUUAUGUGUCGUGCAUCAACAGGUCAGUGAGCAAGUGGGGAGCCUGCACUCGGAUUUACCCGAGCAUUUACGUUUACAGCUCGGUGUUUACCUCGCAGGCAAUUUUCAGGUGAACGAGGACGAGACUGUUAAGUGAUCGUAGUCGAGGUGGUUACGAUUAAAGUUAACCUAAGAAUAUGGUUUGGAAAGGGGAACAAAGAAUUCCGGUAACAAGCUCGAGUUUUGUCUAAUAAAAUUCAAUGCUUGGAAAAUGACGAACCUCCGAAUAACAAAAGAAUUGUACCCUGUUUUGACAACUGCUUGCAGACGAAUGAGGUGCGAGCAGUGAGCAGAAACAAACGAAAAACACACACAAACUGAAAACUGAAAUUUUUGGAUGCGGGGCUACAUAAUAUCGACAAAACCCGGUUCACUUGCAUAGACACCGCUUUGGAGACUGAAAAGCACCGAGUCAAGUGUCAGUGGCUUAUGCUGGUUGCUGCCGACCCUGAUGUGCUCGCCACCGGCUAUUUCAUGUCUUCUGGAGUCCGCGACCAGGCGAAGGACCAAAGAGCCACUUAAUGCGUAGAUGGUUCCGAACAAGUGGACUAUGAACUCAGUUCUGCACAGAUAUGGGUCACCGCCGAGGAGCUGGCUCGGACUCCGCUUGCGCCUCAACGAAAAGCCCACCCAGGAGGAGAAGGGCGUGGUCUGCCAGCACCCGGACUGCCCCGACCGCCGCCGUGCCGCCAAGGUCUGUCACCACCCGGACUGCCAGGACCUGAACAACAAGAGCCCGCUGAACCUGUGCGAGUCAUGUGACUCCCGCCAUCACCCAGAGGAGUCAGACAGCAUGCACUUUGACCGCCACCCUCGCUUCGACCUGCAGCCGCAAGGUUCCAUCCUGGCCCGGAACGUGUCGACGCGCUCCUGCCCCCCUCGCACCAGACCCCCUUCCGAUCUGGAAGAGGAGGAGGAUGGGGGCAGCGACCGAGGGGAUCGUAAGGCAGGGGGGAUGAAGCUCCCGAAAAAGAAACCUCGGAGACGCCACACAGAUGAUCCAAGCAAGGAGUGCUUCACCCUGAAGUUUGAUCUCAGCGUGGACAUCGACACAGAGAUCGUCCCUGCCGUGAAGAAGAGGACCUUGCGGGAGGUGCUGGGGCCUGUGUUCGAGAGAAAGGGGAUAGAGCUGUCCCGUGUGGACCUGUUCCUGGACCAGUCCAACACCCCCCUCUCCCUCAACUUCGAGGCCUACCGAUUCGGUGGGCACUACCUGAAAGUGAGAGCGAGGCCAGGUGAGGAGCUCAAGGUAGAGCAGGGGGUGAAGGACCUGCGCUCCCUCAGCCUGCCCAACAUGAAGCCUGGGGGCGGCCACAGCCCCUACAUCCUGACGCCCGGGAGCGAGAGGGUGGAGCACGGCUCCCUGGGCCGGCGGGAGAGCGUGGACCUGCUGGGUCAAGCACGUCGCCGCAAGAACAUGACCGAGUUCCUGGGGGACUCCAGCAUUCCGUCCUCAGACUCUCUGGCCCAGCUGGGCGGCUCCCUCCCCAGUGUGGGGACCGGCCCAGACAACUGGAAGAACCGGGCUGCCAGCCGCUUCAGCGGGUUCUUCAGCUCCGGUGCCGUGGCAGGGUCCUUCGGCAAGGAGGUGGACCGUGUGGAGCAGCUGCAGAGUAAGCUGCACUCCUACACCCUGCUGGGUCUGCCCAAGGUGCCCCAGCAGCUCUCCUUCCACCACGACUCCUGGGAGGAGGAAGAGGAGGAGACCAGCCUGGAGCUGGAGGAGAGCUGGCAGCAGCUGCUGGAGAACCCCGAGUCUCUAACCAGGCGGCAGUUCCACCAGCAGGAGGCGAUAUGGGAGCUGCUGCAGACAGAGGCCACCUACAUCAAGAAGCUGCGCGUGAUCACAGAUCUGUUCCUGUGCGGGCUGCUGAACCUGCAGGAGAGUGGGCUCCUGAGCGAGGUGGAGCCGGCACGCCUUUUCAGCAACAUCCAAGAAAUUGUGCGCCUGCAUACGGCUCUGUGGGCCCAGGUCAUGCUGCCGGCGCUGGAGAAGGCCCGGGAGAAUCGCACCCUCCUCAACCCCAUCGACCUGCACCAGGGAUUCAAAACUUUUGGCUCCAGGUUCAAGCCCUACAUCCGUUACUGCAUGGAGGAGGAGGCCUGUAUGGAGUACAUGCGCAGCCUGCUGCGAGACAACGAGCUCUUCAGGAUCUACGUGACGUGGGCGGAGACGCACAAGCAGUGUAACAGGCUGAAGCUGACGGACAUGCUGGUGAAGCCCCACCAGCGGCUCACAAAGUACCCGCUGCUGCUGAAGAGCGUUCUGAAGAAGACGGACGAGCCGGCGGCACGCGACGCCGUCAGCAGCAUGGUGGCCUCGGUGGAGGGCUUCAUCAACAGCGUGGACUCCCAGAUGCGCCAGCGGCAGGAGCAGCAGAAGCUGGCCACCAUUUCCGCCCGCAUCGAGUCCUACGAGGCCGUGGAGGGGGGCAGCGAGGAGGUGGAGAAGAUCCUGCGCGAGUUCAACCGCUUCGACCUGACGGCCCCCAUGGUGGGCACCGCCCCCGAGGAGACGCGGCAGCUCCACCUGGAGGGGGCGCUGCGCAUGAAAGAGGGAAAGGACAGCAGGAUGGAGGUGUACUGCUUCCUGUUUACUGACCUGCUGCUGAUCACCAAGUCGGUGAAGCGCGUGGAGAAGGUCAAGGUGAUCCGGCAGCCCCUCCUCAUCCACAAUGUGGUGUGCAGAGAGCUCAAGGACCCCGGCUCCUUCCUCCUCGUCUACCUCAACGAGUUCCACAGCGCCGUGGCCGCCUACUCCUUCCAGGCCAACAGCGCAGCCCAGGGGCGCAGCUGGGUGGAGGCCAUCUGCAACGUCCAGAACCAGCUACAGAGGCUGCGCUCCGAGGAGCAUGUCCGGCAGCAGGUGACAACCCUUCAGCAGAGAGUGGAGGAGGAGGAGGAGAGCAGCAACUCCGCCGCCAGCUCCCCCUGUCUGAAGCACAAGGAACAGCAGAGUGAAAGCCAAUCUGACGGCUCGACGGAAACACUAUCAGUGGCUGUUAUGGAGGAGACAGCUGGGACCAAAGAUUCUUCGUCUCUCCGGACAGACUCCGGGGACUCUUUUGGAGAGCGCUCAGCGUCUGAGAUUGAGAGCCCUUCCCCCUGUUCAAUGACCCUGACCUCCGACCCCAGAGGACUCCAGCAGCUUCUCCCCAUAGAGGAGGGGGUCAAGCCUGAGAGGUCUGAGGGCCCAGGCGGCCUGGACAUAGAUGGUCAGUGUCGCUCACUAUCCAUGGACAGCGCCUACGGGACCCUGUCCCCCGAGUCACUGCUGAGAGAGCUGCACCUGAGGGCGAGGCCCAGCCAGAGCGAGGGGGAGGAGACCGAGGGCGAGGAGGUGGAGCAGGAGGAGGAGGACGAGGACGACACAGCAUCCAGCAGCUCCCAGCUCUCGGUGGGCCACUCCCUCAAACCGCGGCGACGCCCCCCGUUGCAGCCCCGCCCCCACUGCCUGCAGAUCUUUGCCCUCAGGUCCCGCUCUGAGGACAACCUGCUUCAGAGGCUCCACCAGCACCCCGGUCCCAGCACGCCGGACGCCGGCCAAGAGACGCAGGCGCAGGGGAGAGGGGAGAGGGGAGUCAGCAAAAGCCUGUCCCACCUCUGUAAGCACAGGUGCCAAAGCACAGAGCUCAUCUUUCAGGCAGACACGGGGCAGCCCGACACCGGCAAGGACCCCAUGACCCACAGCACCCCCUCAGACAAACUGACCGACACCUUGAGGAGGGCCGAGGCCCGGCAGAUCCAAAGGGCCCUGUCCUGCGACAGCAGCAGGAGCUGCCCCUGCAGUCGGGCCAGCAGCAGCGGGUCGGACAGCGAGUCGGCGCCCGCUGCCUUUCAGGAGGGGAAGUACUACCUGGGGGACGGCAUCCCGGAGGAGGACGCCCCCAUCGAUGUGGACUCCGGGACAGCCAGGAGGUCACCCAGCGAGCUUCACGGCUCCUCCCAGCAGCACAAGAAACUGACCCUGGCUCAGCUGUACAGGAUACGUACCACCCUGGUGCUCAACUCCACGCUCACAGCAUCGUGA